UACACAGACUAGCCCGCACGUUUCCUACUGAGUGGACUCCUUGUGUUGUACUCUUUGAUAUGGUGGUUUAAAACAAACUUUGAGAACAACAGGUGGAUAACUGCACUUUUUUUUUUUUUACCUGAAAGUGUUGACACGUUAAACUAACGUUGUGGAGGGCUCCUCUGUGUUGUUUUACUGUGAAUGAAGCCCAAAUGAACACUGCGUGGACAAAGGAAAACCUCCAGAAGCUUCUGGCUGCUAUGAAAACAAACAUCUCCGAGCAUGAUCGGAUGAGCGCAUUUUACGAAGUAGUAAAGACGCUAGACUGGGAGAAGGUGGCGUUCCCUCCAUUUUCACCGAGAGAUUGUCAAGAAAAGUGGAAAAUUGUGUCGCAGAAGAUGCGUAAAUUUCGAACUCUCACAGAGCUUGUUGAUGAAGCUGCAGAUGAACUUUCAAAUCCAACCAUAAAGUUAGAUCCAGACCCCCCAAAGAGACCCGGUCCUCCAAACUGCAUCUUUUACAAAGAGAACAUGGAUAAAUACCAUGAGCAGAACCCAGGACUCAAUCGCCAGAAGCUCUUUUCAUUAAUAGUAAACAAGUACAAGGCUCUGACAGAUGAAGAGAAGGCUCCAUAUGUGGAGAAAUACCAGCGAGCGCUAGAAGAAUACAAUAAAAAGAUUGUAGAAUUAAGGAAGGAGUCUAUUACUAAAAAUAGUAAUAUUACAGGUGGCCAGCAGGGGGUGGAAAAGAAGAAGCGCAAUUUCACAGAAGCCCCAAAAGGGAAACGAGGUCGUUGGAAAAAAAGCUUAGAAGAAUCUACAGGAGACGCCCUUCCUGCCAAGCCACCUACGAGCGGUUAUAGUCUGUUCUGCAAAGAGCAGCUGGCCUCCAUGGAUGGCGUGGCCAAAAAACACUACGUGAGCACAUGGGCCAAACGAUGGCGCAAGUUGAGCGACAAUGAGAAAAAUAGCUACAGUACACGCUGUAAAAAGAUGAAGAAAGAUUACGCAGUGAAGCUGAACGAGUAUCUGUCAACUUUGGACAGGGACGAGCAGCUGAGGAUUACGGAUGAGAAUGGCAUCAAAAGACCAAAAUCUGUAAAGAACACUAAAGUGCGACUAAAGUCUGUGAAGAAAUACCACGGUGAGCCGAAGAAGCCAUUGUGGUCAGGAAACAGCAUUUUCUGCAAAGAGCACAUGGAGCAAAUGGAGGAGAUCCCCAAUCCUAUGGAGCGCUUCAUCCAAGUCAGCCGCAUGUGGAAUCAGCUCAGCAACAGUGAAAAGAGUCGCUACAAUAGCAAAGUAAAAGAAAAUGUUAGGAAAUAUGCUACGGAGCUGCAAAAGUGGUUUAUGACACUGCCAGCAGAAGAACAGGAUGACUACUGUGCAUCUAACUCAAGUAAAUGUUAUUAUCUCAAUAUGGAUGUAUCAAAUAAUGACACGGAGGAACCAAGCUUGCAUAGACCAUCAGAUUCAGAAGAUGAGGACAUGGAGGUGAGCAGCAGUGAUGAAGAUGAAAGAUAUCGAGAUGACGACGAGGAGGAGGAGGACGACAUCGGUGACACCACCUUUGAUAUGUUUUAGAUAUACAGUACCUGUAUAUAAAUUCUCUGUAGUAAAACUACAAUUUUAUGUUGUACCUGUAUUUACAUGUGUAUUGUUAAAAAGUAACUAAUGAUCGUCUUACGGAGAUUUUUGUUGUAUGUAUAAAGUAGUACCUACAGCCCAGUUCACCUUUUGUGCUUCUGAUUUUUAACAUUGCAUUUUUAUUUUCAAUCACUUGAGAAAUGGAAAUGAUUUUUUUUUGUUAUGCAAAAACAUAAAUAUUUUGUA